AAGGGCUUAAACCGUAUAUCUCGGCCAAGAACCUUUCCAACAACCAAACGCGCAUGCGUCUUGACUCAAAACAAUCCCCCAACUUGAAGUGAAUUUACCGAUAUCCAUAAUGUUUUGCAAGGUUAUUCUGGUCAAGGGCCUUCUCGGCUCUCACUAGGCGGCUACUACCUUUGCGCCUGUGCUUCACCAUGGAUUCCUUCAAACCAUUUGGAGGCCUUCGAAGCCACUUUUUGAAAUCAAAAAAUCUCCACUCUUCUUCCCUUGCCAAAGGCAAUUGACCUCUCUCCAUCCCAGUCGCUACAAGUGCGAGUGGGAAAACUUUUGUCAAGUUUGCUUUGGGUUUUUUUGGUCAUUGCCGCUGUUGGCAUUCUUUGUUGACCAGAUCAUUCUGCAAAAGGCCUCUACCAAAAUGAGCCCUCAAAACAUGAACAAAAAGUCAUGGGAGUCUCUCUCUUCAACGUUUUCUCAACUUGAAGUAUCGAUCUCUCAUGACAGUUGCUAUGCCUCGGACGAAGUCUCUGUCGUGUCGACCAAGCAAACCACCUCGAACACCUCUGGUGUAUCAGGCCCGGUGACUGCAACCGAACCGUCUCUUGGUUCCUUCUUGAAGCCCAUCUUGAAAAGACCGUAUUCCGAAAUCGAAGAAGAUGAGGAAUCAGAGUCGGGCUAUGCAUCGGAAAACUCGGAAUACGACUAUGAUGCGAUAUUCGAAGACAGUGAUGACGAUGAUGAUGAUAUGUACCAUGUCUCCGGGUGGGACGACGCAUCUGAUAUAAUGUCAGACUCAUGUGACGAAGACGAUGCCGAAUCCCUGGAUGGAUCUUUCAUCUCUUUUGGACCCAUGGUUCGAUUUGACACGAACAUACGCUAUAUCGAUGCUCCAGAUUCGCUGGACGACGAUGAAGACUCUGAAGUAGAGCUGACUGGCCACGAGCUAAUGGAACGUGCACUGGCAGCUGGCACGCUCCGGUUCAAGGAGUCAGUUGACGAGCUGGACGUCAACGACAUCGAGGAUGACGAACUCAGCAGUACGCUCGAGUCGAUCAAACAGCUGCCUGAAGAGCACACCAGCGACAUCGUCGAUCUGGACAAGAGGCUGUUUCUUGCCUACAUGAACGGCAUCAACGGGAUUCGCGAUCUCGAAUACAAAGCCCGCCUUCGCAAACAGGCCAAUGACUUCUACAUCGGUCGUCUGGACUCGCCGUACUUGGACCUGGAUAGUGCCAGCGGUACCUAUUUUGACAAUGUGCUGAAUCACGUCAUUGGGCUUUUCCGCAACAUAGUUGCCAAGAAGGACUUUGGAGAACUUGCCAACCUCGUUAACGAAGAAGGCGCCUCUGACCGUCCCUCGAGAGCCGGUAGAAGUCACAAUAAGGACUUGCUGGCCAAGAUCGAGAAUCUACUCUCCGAAAGACUAGCGUGUGACACCAACGUAGGGCCAGACGAGCUAAGCUUCUUCACCAGCGGUGUUGCGUAUGCACUGGAAAAUUGGAAUGGCUUUUUGGUCCACUAGAGUCAAAGAUCAUACAGAAAUGAUGAUAUGACGGAUGAAAAGAAUUUGCAAACUGGAACUAGCCCAGAUAUUGAUUUUUGCUUGACAGUUUUCUUUUUACGGUGUGC